AUGUGGCAACGCGUCUUGCAGCAGCCUUCCGAGGAGGGAGAUCUAGGGACCUUCACCGCGUCGUCGGACGCGGUUUCGGCUCCCGUCUCUCCCUCUUCCGCUUCGCGCUCCAGCGCCGUCGGAGAAGCCGCGAGACCAGACUCAAAAAUCGUAUCUUAUCGCGACAUUCUUUCCUCCCAGAAAUCCGCAGAAGAGAGCGCAUGCGAGGCUCGCUGCGACCGCUCGCCGCCGCCGCGCGUGCGCUGCGUGCCUGCCGUCGUCGCGUCUCAGCCGUCGGGUGUACGUACACCUGGCCAAGGGUCGGCGGUUGAGCUCUCGGGCAGUGGGGUGUCUGUUGAUUCGAAGGCCGAGGGGAAGGCUUUCCUGAUGUCGGUACCGUCUUCCGGGCGUCCGUCCUCGGAUCGAAGGAGCGAGGAAGCGCCGGGAAGCUGCGGAGAAAAGCUGCGGACCCUCCCCGCCGUGUCUGGCGACGCGAAGACGGCAAGUCUUCCUCAACCUCCCCAGGGCGAGGGAGUGACUCCUCACUCUGCGAGACUCCGGCGGCGAAAGCAGUUCUUGUACACCAAGUCUUGGGAUCAGGUGCAGCGCAUGGCGAAGAAGGACUCGGGUGGCCUGACGACUCCCGCGGCUUCUCUCUCGGUUUACUUCCCUUUGCGCCUUCCUGGAAAGUGCGUCUCCGUCUUCUCGUCUUCAUCCGCUUCGUCGGUUGACUCUGAGACCCUUGAGAAGCCGACUGUUGUAGUGUCGCUCCAGAAGCGGAAGCGGCGCCAUGAAGAAAGCGAGGAGGAACUCGACGUUCCCGCAGAGAGGGAGCAGCUGAGACUUGCGGUGCCGAGCGCGGCCUCGCUGUUUGCUGAAAGACACCGUUCGAGUCCAGAGAGAGGCUGCGGAGCGAGGACUCCCUCUGCGGAGCCGCGGGGUUCCCCGAGAGCCGCGGACGAGAGCGCGUGCGUCCUCCAUAUUUCGAGACUGUCUCCUGUUGAGUCGACUUCGUCUCUGCCGACUUCGUCUCUGCCGACCUCUCUCGGAUUCCAAGGUGGAUGCGGCGCGGCCGGACGAGAAGGCCAACCUCCAGCACUCCGAGGAGAAGGAUGUCCGUGCUUGAGUCCAGAGCUCGUCUGGGGAUUGCCUCUGGAGGGUCUCUCUGUCCUCGAACUCCGAGCCUCGGACUGCGGAGUUUCUCACUUCGCGCCGGACUUCUACGUGCAUGCAGCUGCAGAGGUGGACGACGCGCGUCGUUCUGAUCGAGAUCGAGCGGCGGACGAAUCAGAGAGCGGCACAACGGACGGCGAAGAGAAGCGAAGCCUUUUCUCGGACUCCCAGAGGCGCGACGUCGCAGCGAGGCCUUUGGAGGCGCCAGCAGGCGGCUUCUUUUCGCUCUUGCCGUCGCUCCAAGUGCUGGACUUGCGAUCAAACAACAUCGCUGCCCUUCCAGAAUCUAUCGACUGCCUCGUACACCUGGAGACGCUUCUGCUCGACGGAAACGUCCUGACGGCCGUGCCGUCCGCUGUCCUCACUCUCCCGGCGCUGAAGAAGCUCUCGCUGAGCUCGAAUUUCCUAACCAUUUUCCCCAGCGCGGCGCUGGAGAACAGACGCCUCGACGAUCAGAAGUCCAAGACAGCAACGCGACCCCGAGACGCCUUGCACGCGCCUCGAGAUUCAGAGGAAGCGAACAGGGAUGCGCCGUCCAGAGACGAGAAGCAGGGAGGGAGAGACGAAAGAGGCGCAGAGAAGGGAGCUUCGCCUCUGCGGAAGCUUCGCGUCGACUGCAACUUCCUCGGGGACAUUUCGUUCCUUCUCUGUUCUUCUCCAGGUCCAUCUGGAGCGAACGCGUCUGGAGUGUUUUUCGAAAACUUGGUUCAGGUGCAUGUAGACUGCAAUGUCUUCACUCUUUUGCCUCUGGGGCUCCACCGACUUCCACGUCUCCGAACGCUCUCGCUCGACUGGCUCAGAUACACCUCGCCGCCGUUUCCCCGCGUCGUUCGCGGCUCUCUCAUGCGCCAGUUCCUCUCUCGACUGCGGGCUCUGGAAGCGUGGUUGCAUGCACAGGCUGCGGCGCUGCUUCGGAAAGUGGAAGCGGCAGCUGAAGGGGAAGCCGAGCGACCUUCUGCUCGGAAGCAGGGAGGAGGAGAUGCAUGCGAGGCGGAGGCGGCGGGGAAGCACGGUGGACGAGCUGGCGAAUCUGGAGAGCUCGGGAGUCGCAUGCAUGCCAGAUCCACAGAUGCGCACCUUGGAAACGCUGCCUUGCAGACAGGGGAAACCGAUUCAGGCUCUGGCUUGAGGCCUCACGAGGACCGCCUGCUUCUCUGUGGGUCUCAACCGUGCUCUCGAUUUGCCCAGAUGGUGGAAAACAUGCAGGCCGGAACAGCUGAGAGAAGCAGCUUGGAGGAAGGAACGCGGACAGAGACGGAGUUGUUCGCUGUUGCCUCUCUCGCCUCGCGAGACAGACAAGAAGCUGCUCCACUCGCUCCUUGGCUGGGUACGGACUUGGCAAGCACCCCCGCAUCCCUCCUCCUUCCAGCCUCGAUCUCUUCUUCGUCGCCUUCCUCGGCGGCUUCUUCAAACUCGCCGUUCUCUUCCGCAUGUCCCUGUUGCAUUUCCUUUCUGGAAUUUGUUCACUUCUUCUCCACGGAUGUCGCCGAGUGGGUGUGUCCAGAGACGAACCCUGCGCCUCGUCUCCUCGCGAAGGCUCGUCACCUCCUUUCUGCCUUGAACGGCCCAGCAGGCUUGUCUUCCUCCUUUCCUUCUCCCUCCUCGCCUUGGUCCUCCUCUAGCUCGUCCUCUCUCUCGUCUCUUGUGCAUCUGUUCCCCGCGGCUGCGUUUUCCUCUUCGCUGCCUCACGGGGUUUCCGCCCUCCUGUUUUCUCUCUGUGUGGUGGAAGUCCGGCGUUCGAUUGCCCAGGCCUUCGCCGCCGACGUCGUUCUGGCGCGAGACGCGAUGCGGAGGACGCGCCUACAUGUAGCGGCUUUGGAUGGCCAUGAAGGCGUCGCUCGUGCGUUGCUGCGGGGUCUGCCGGCAGACUUCAACGCCCUCGACGCGGACGCGGCUUCGCCGCUCUUCCUGGCCGUCAAAGAGAACCAGUUCAACCUCGUUGCCCUCCUCGCGGAGGAGGCCGCAGCACGGCUGCGAGCUGUUGCAACGCGUCUGGAGACAACGGAGGCAAAGGCGCGCGACGAUAAGAGCGCGAAAAAUCGAGCGGCCGUUCAUCCAGAGUCCCUCGGAUCCACUCUUCUUCUUCUUCCCUAUCCAGUGCCUGGAGUCUCCCAACACCGGUCCACGUCAUCGAGUCUCAAUCUCCCGCCUUGCUCUGCCGCUUCUCCUUCUUGCCCUGUGAGUGGAGAGCUCUCUGUGUUUCAGCGGCGGGUGCUGGCGGCGUAUCACCUCUUGAAUUCUGGGGCAGGGACUUACGGAACGCCUUUGCAUGUCGCAACUGUCAUGUUCGACUUUUCUUUGUGUGCGCUUCUGCUGCAUGCGGGAGCAGACCCGACCGCGGUCGACGCGGACGGAAACACUGCGUUGCAUGUGCUUUUCUCCGUUUUCGACAAAGGCUGUCCGGACCUAGACCCAGCUGUCCUCGAGACGCUGAGAAGCUCCCAACGACGCAGAGCCAGCCCCGCUGCUCUCUCCUCCUUUUCUACGUCAAGUCCUCCUCGCAUUCCUUCAUCCGCGCCUUCCUCUUCUUCAUUUCUCGGUCCAACUCGGAGACGCGUCGAGGCGGCGAGUUCGAGAGGGAAGGAGAGAAAUGAUGAGGAGGAGACGAGUUGCGAGAGAAAGGCCGAGAGACCCAAGAGCGUGGGCUGUAGCGGGGGAGAGGAGGCGAGUUCUUGUGUGCGAGCGUUUUCCUCGGGAGGCGAGUCCGGCAGUCCGAAUCCAUCUGCUCCUCCGCCUUCCAGGACUCGGGAGAGAGAGACAAAGAGCGAGUACUCUCGAGCUCGGUUGCACUUCCUCGCGCUGCUUGGAGAGCCUCUGCCAGCUGCUGUGGAAGUCGGUCUUCUUCUUCUUCGCCAUCCGAACGCAGAGGGCAAGGACGCGCACAGCCUCCCUCUGCUCCUGCCCGCGAUGUCUCUCGAGGACGGCACCACUGAGUCCGCUGCGAACAAACGAAACGAAAACGCAUGGUCGGACGCCCAAAGAGCACCCACAUACGCCCAGGCAUCCUCGCCUUCUCUCUCGUCUCGGGUCGUCCCUGGGUCGUCUUCAUCCUCUUCUUCCUCUUCUUCUGCUCACCUUCUGCCUUCGUUCGCUCGCUUCCCCAGGUCGUUUUCUGCUCUGCUUUCUUCUGAGAUUCGUCUGUGCAUUCGCGCCAACCAGCUGAACAACGACAGGUGGGGAGCCAUGCACUUGGCGGCUCGGCGAGGGCAAAUCUUUGCGCUGUGGUUUUCCGCGGAGCUGUCCUUCCUGACGCCGCCGCGCUGCCUCAGGGGGACUUGCGAGCAUGCAGAGCGCGCCGACUUCCUCGCGCCCACCAGCUGUUUGCUCGCAGCGACCCGACUGUACACGCGAGCCGCCGAAGCUGGGUCCUCCUGCCUCUCCUCGGCAGUCCAGGGAGCGAGGAAGGAGACGCGGGCAGACACAAGCGACUGGAAGGAGGCUGAGAGAUCCCCCCUCUGGCGGGAGGGGGUGCCGUCCGGAGACAUGUGGGUUGAUUGGAGACGCGGACGAGACAGGGAAAACGAGACUCCGCGCCAGUCUUGCGGAUCUCAGGCAGAAGCGGCCGUGGCAAAACAGGCAACGACAGCGAGAGAGAAGACUUCAGAGAGGGAAAGCAGUGGAGGAAGCGAAUGCGCGCAUGGGUUGUCUAACUCAAACACCUGUCCGUACGAAACUUCUUCUUCUUCCUCUUCUUCUUCCUCUUCUUCCUCUUCUUCUGCUUCUUCCUCUUCUUCCUCUUCUUCUACUGCUGCCUCCUCCUCUUCCUCUUCGAGUCUCAUGGUGAAUCCCUUUCUUGUGGCUGCGUCUCAGUCGCCAGCGCUUCGUUCUGCCCUGCGAGAGAGAGAAGCGAGUAGACAGCGUAGAGGGCGGAAGGGAACAGAGGAAACGGAGGAGAGGAAAGGCGCGAAAACGAAGACUACCGAGGCAGAGGAGAAGGAGGCCUCUCGGCCGAGUUCUCCUUCUGGACGCAAGAGAUCUCCCAGUUGUGUCUAUGGCAGGGACGAAGCUCGCCUUCGUUUUCUGUGGCAGCAGCUGCAGACCUCCUCGGCAGGAGUCGUUGCGGCAGAGGCCGUGACGGCUGCAGUCGUUGCUCUGGCGAGAAGAAGCGAAGAACUCCGUCGGGAAGUCAACGGCGAAGCAGAAAGCCUUUAUCCAAGAGAGAACGCAACAUGGAACGAAGACGAAGUGCUCCCGGCAGGCAUUCUCGCGGAAGCUGGAGAUUUCGACAUUCUCCAAUACACAUCACUCAAGUUCGUUUGCCCAUUCACCUUCGACCUCAACCUAAGAGGCGGCACGCACCUCUGGACGGCUCUCCACCUUGCAGCGCAUGCAGGGAAUGUGAAGGUGGUGCAGCAGCUUCUGGACGGCGGAGCCAGUGUUUCAGUCUGGAAUCGGCAGGGCCGCUGUUGCCAGGCUGUGGCUAGGGGACAGCACCAGCAAGCGAUCGACAGGACGCUUUUUCAUCAACAUCAGGCUGAUCUCUGGAGAGUGACUCACCGCACAGCUCGCUCCUGUUUCUCCAAGCGCUUCCGCCUGCAUGCGUCUCAUCGCCAGGAACCCGCUGUAACACGAUCUGUCUGUUGGGUGGAGCCCAACGGAUCUCCUGAUCCGUUCUAUCCUUCCUCCUUUCCUUCUUCCUCUUUUCCAGUCGCUGCUUCACAGUCUCCCUCCUCGUUCUCUUCUCCGUCGCAUGCCGAGAUUCAAAAGGACUCCGCGACCCCCCUUAUGAGUCCUCACGUUCUCUCUCUAUCCUGUGCCUCAGAUUCUGUCUCUUCUUCUUCUUCUCCUUUUUCAGCCUCUGUCUCUUCUUCUUCCUCAGCUUCUGUCACUUCUUCUUCUCCUUUUUCAGCCUCUGUCUCUUCAUCUUCCUCAGCUUCUGUACCCUCUGCGUCGUCGUCUGUAUCGCCGACAUUUCCUCUCCCUGUCUCUGUGUCUCCCACCGAGGGAGGGAGCGUCGGCGAGACUCCUGCCCAGGGAGCUCCUUCGCUUCUGGAGGAUCGAGGAAGCGCCGACAAGGAAGGGCAUUACUUUCUCCUGCGUUCCUCCGAAGGCGACGCAGCCGCUGAGAGGAUUGAUCUGAUGGAUGAGGACGAGUUUUUCGGCGAAGCCAGGCUGGAAGAGAGACCAUCUGAAGGCGAAGAAACAGCGACGUCUGACCCUGUCUUCUCGGCGUCUCGGCAGCAGGCGAAGGGAGUACGUCGACGAGAGUCCGCGAAUGGAGGAGACCAAACGACGGAGUUCGAAGAAACGCAUGCUUCGUCGUUUCUGUCGACCUGGCCAGGCGCGCUCUCCCCGCAGCUCGUGUCGACCAUCGUCGAAGAGGUCAGUCGCUCUCUCAGCCGAGAAGACGCCUGGCCAGGCCGCGCGAAGGAGACUGCAGAAGAAGCUGCAUACGCAACUGAGUGUGGGGAGACGCGAGUCGACGUCGUAUGCGAAGGAAGGAACAGACCCGCUGCAGACUCUGUGGCCAAAGCAGACGGUGAAGAGAGGCCAACGCAAACAGGAGAAAUGCGAGGAGGAGACGCCCCAGGACAGGCGAGAGUCACCCACGAAGAAACGGCACAGCCGACGGCGGGGCAGGCUGUUCCAAAACUCUCCAAAGAUCGAGUGCAUCAAAACAAAUUUGCUGAACUGUACGACCCCUGCGAGAGACUUAGGGCGCCUCUCUUUGAUGCAGAGCGGCGCGUCCUGGAGGCCUACAGCGGCGCGUCGCUUUCCGCUGCAGUUGCGUCGAGCUUCGCAGCGGCUCGAGCCCUGUCUCCUCCGAUCUCGGAUUCUCUGCUUUCCCCUUCCGCAUUUAAAGCAGAUCUUCGUCCUUGGCCGUCUUCUGCUCAUUCCUCUCGCCCUGUCAGCUCACCUCGGUCGGUUGUCCUUCCGCAGUCUCCUGUCUCUGCUCCGGUGUCGCUUUCGCUGCCUGUCGGUUUUGUCCAGAGAGCCUCUCGACCUCUUUUGCAUUCGGGACUGGACGCGCUGGAAGCGGCAGCGGUGGAAGGCCCACCUUGUCGUUUGGUUUCGCUUCUCUCGCAGAACUUGGUUUCCUUGAAAGCGGCUGCGUUUCUCCCCCUUUUCUCCAACUGUCGAGACAUGCGGCUGGGGUGUUUUCUUGAGAAUGAGGCGCCGCAAAGGGCGCGGCGCGGCACAGUGAGGUGGCCGUACAGCCCAGCGGGCUCUCCACGGUGUACGCGCACCCCAGGAGAGUCUGCGAGCGACGAUAGAGUCGUGGAACCGGAGGAUGCCUGGGAUGGACGGAUCCGGCAGGAAAGGAACCGUACGAACGGCCGCGAAUGCCGAGAGAUGGGAGAGCGCGGGGAAGCGACGAGGAAAGGUCGAGGACAGGAGAGAAGCUCUACCAGUUCAUGCCGCGAGUUGUCUCCAGAGGGUCGGGCGUCGGGGCUUCGGACGCGAACCGUGUCUCCUUCCAGCGCUCCGGAGUCCCCUUGUCCUGCCUCGGCCGAACGCGGAAGUCGUCGCUCUUCUCCCUCGUGCUCUUCUGCGUCUGUCGCAGCUUUCUCUCCGGCCUUCUCCUUCGCCUCCACGUCUCGCUGCGACUCGCCGUCCUUCCUCUCUUCCGCUUCUCGAGAGAGCAGAGAGACUCCCCCGAGCUCCCGGGGUGUAUGUACACCCCACGAGACGCUGCAUGCAGAUCUCGCCGGGGUCUGUCCGGCAUGCGACGCACCCGCGUUGGACCACUCGAGCGACGGCGUGCUCUCUACGCAGCGCGGCCGGCGAAUGGAGAGGCGAGACAGAAAAACCAUUGACUGGGAGGACAGCGAGUGCGCCUUUUGCCAUGGAGGCUUCCUCCACGUUUUCCGAAGAGGCUCCGGCGAGCCUCUCUGGCGACGCGACAGCUCCGGCUGCACGAACGAAGACGCGCUCCCCGCCGACCCUCUGAACGCUGAGGGGAGGAAUCUGGAGAUCCCGAGGAAGAAGCAGACCUCGGCGGAACAGAGGGCAGAGAGAAAGCAGCAGUGGGACAGUCAAGGCCGACAAACGGAGCUCCAGGAAGGCGGCUCGCUCGCUGUCGCAGCCCCGUUGUCUUUCGGAACUGGGGGGGAAGCUGCGAGGCUUUUGGCAGACGGCAGCGAGACAGAGAGAGGAAACGAAAACGUCGCGUGCUCGCAGAGUUUCCGGAAUCACAGCAGAGGGACGGAAAAGGGUCGGUCUAACGGAGGAGCGGAGAUUUGCGCAGAUUCAUCCUCGACGUCGCGAACGAAUGGCCGUCGAUCCCACACUCCAGGCAUCGCUUCUGGCGUGAGAGGAAAGGUCGAAGAGACAGAAGAGUCUGGGAGACUCGCUGUUUCCUCUGAAAUACUUCCCUCUGCAGACAAGGUCAUGCGCAUUCGCGACGCAUCUCUGGACAGGCUGAAUGGCGACGAAGAGGAAGAACGAGAGUGGGGACUUCUCCCAGAAGACAGAACAGGAGCGAUAUCGAGACAACGUCGAAGAAGAGCGCGCAGCCGAGCGAGACGAGCUGAUCAGGAUGCAUGCAGUCUCCUGAUGCUCGCCGUCGCCCAUGGACACGAAGAUCUGGCGAUCCUCAUUUUCGACACCCUUCAGCCGAGAGAAAAACGGUGCGCCUUGUUGAUGCGCACUCCUCUUCUCCACGACUCUCUUCUGCUUCUUCUCGCGAAAGGCAUCUCGCCGGCGGACUCUCUCCUCGGCUUGGCAACUCCUUCGCCUUCGCUUUCUCGCCGAAAUCUCCUCCACUUUCUGAUGUCUCUGGACUUCCGCGAGUUGGCAAGCAUCUCCUCGUCGUCCCCGCCGCCCUCUGGUCGUCCGUCGGAGAAAGUCUCGCUCGACCCCCGGCGCCUCCUUCUGCGACAGAGAAACAGAGAAGGAGUCUUUCCUCUCCUCGCUGCGUGCUCGCGUGGAGACUUUCACCUGCUGAGUGACAUGCUUCUGUACUGCGCCCUGGAUUCCUGCCGAUGUGAAGGACGGCUGGAGAUCGAGGAACCUGGAGAAGCACAGAGAGGACAAGGGAAGGCACACACAGCGACGAGACGCCGUUCGCAGUUCGCCACGGUCCUCGCUCUUCUUCAGUGCGUCGUUGCAGCUGUCCGUGAAGGCCAUUAUCCGGUUCUCCUUCGCCUGCUGUAUCAGCCUCUCGUCUCAUGUCCCUCGUGUGCAGUCAGUGGACAUGCUAUUCUGUGUCUUCCCUUCUCUUCGCCUUUCUCCUCCUCUCCGUCUUCCUCCGCUUCUCCGUCUUCCUCCGCUUCUCCGUAUUAUCAUUCUCUGACGUCGGCUUUCUCUCGCGUCUCGUUCUCUUCUGUCGAGGAGGUUGAAGCUCCGGAAAGAGGCUUCUCUUGCCUGUCCUCCCCGGUGUGCCGAGGCGAGAGAGAGGCGGCGCCCGGAGCUGAGGACGAAGGGGACUCUUCUGCUCUCGAAGAACAGAUUCUGCUUCUCACACGGUUGGAAGCUAUCGCGACAGCGGUCCAGAAGGCUGACGCUCGUUCGCUGUCUCUCCUGCUGAGAUCGGCUUUCCUUCCGCCUCCUGCGGUUCUGGCUGCCGGCCUCGUUCUCUCUCUCCUCGUUCGGAGGGGGGGAAGAUCUGGGGAAGCAGCCAAGCCCCGACAGAAGAGAAGAGCAGAGACAGUGGACGAAGAGCGCGAACGCUGCGGUGGAGGCGAACAUUACGGACGAAGGAGACAGACAAUGGGCAAAGAAGAAGAGCCUUCCACUGGCGGGUCAGCUUCAAGGACGCAGAGUGCACAAAGGGAAGGACGAGUUAAGGCAGAGCUGACGCUCGACAGAGACCUUAUCACAAGACCGAGAAGCGCAAAACAUGGUCUGCGUCCAAAGAGUCCCCUAAGAGAUCGUCGCGCUGCUGUCACCUCGCUGACAAGAAGUCUCUGGAGCCUCGCAGCGCGUCUCAUAGGAAAAGACAACUUAACAGAUGGUGCAAGAAGGCGACGCGGAGACGCCAGGGGAACUGCCUCUGGCGUACGUACACCCCAGGGCCUGCCCACGAGUGGAGAAAAUGAGAAGACGGAGGAAGGCGGAAGUCGAAAGGAGGUUUCCGGAGAGAAGGCGUUCAGUGCGAGUUCCUUCAUCGAGGUGCCAGCGCUUUUCCAGGAGACCCAAGACGAAGCUCUCGCAAUGCUGACGUUAGUCGCCAGGAGAGCCGCGAGAACAAGCUGCAGCUCCGAGGACGUCCUUCUUCUUCCUCUCCUACGCACCCAUUUCGCGGCUGCGCUGUCCUCGCUCUCUCUCUUCCCCCUGGAAGAAGCUUCGUCCUCUUCUUCUCCGAUCUCUCCCUUCGCUCUGGCCGUGCAGUCUCCGUUUGGGUGGAAGCAAUCUCUGAGUCGAGGAGAGAGUUCCGGCGCGCCCGUGUCUCCGCUGUCGAAGGCGACAGCGCGAGUCCUCUCGGAACCUCUGCUGGACGGUCUGCGUUCUGGGGGGGUAACGCCCUCGGAGAUGCAAGCAAAGUUACAUGCAUCCCCGUCUGUGACUCGAUCCUUCUCUUCGUCUCUCCUGCCUGUUGCAGAGGCGGUCUCUCAACCAGAGGAAGGUCUGGUUCCCCACGACCCUCUCUUUGCUGCUUCCUCGCCUGUCUCCCCCUCCUCAGUUUCUUCCUCUCUUGCCUGCGACGUACCUGACAUGAGCGCCGCUGUUGUCCACCGUGAACAGCGCGGUCUCGACGGCGAGUUUUCGUCUCCCUCUUCUUCUUCGUCUUUCUCUUCUCUUUUCUUUUGUGCGGGUUCCUCCCCUCAGUUCCCUGCCUCGGCGGCAUCGAUUUUGGGGGUCUCGACUUUGUCUUCUUGCUUCUUAACGUGCAGCGACUGUGGCGACGAAGUUUCCAGCGAGGAGCUCAGGUCAGCUAUCUCAUCGCUCUUCCGCUCUCCCUCUCUCUCCCGCUGCUCCUUCUCCUCUUUCCUUCCUCUCUCGCCCCGCGCCACUAUCCGCCUCAACGACUCUAGCCUCCCCCGGUCUUCCACGCUGUCUCUCGCAGACUCUGUCGAGGGUCGCGCUGCCGCAUGUUUCUCCGCUGCCUCCGCAUUCUCCACGACUCCUUGCACCUUGCAGAGCAGCGGAGCGCAUCGUUCGCCCCCCUCUUCAGCCUCUGUGUCUGGCUGCUCUCCUCGCGCCUCUCCCCAGAGUCUCGAGAGAGGCUCUGGAAAAUCAGGAGGAGGGAGCGGCGACGCUUUGGGAGGUUUUCGCCUUCAGAGAGCUGCGCCCCAGCAGUGGGCUUCUCGAUGCAGCACGCAACAGACGGAGCUGUCCCCGUCUCGCGCAUGCAUUGAGGAAGUUAAUCUCCUCCUUGGCGCAGAGGGCGCCAUUUGCGAGUGCUGCGGAUUUUUCUAUUGCUCUGCAUGCAUCGUUACGCUCGAGCACUCUCCUUCAGUCCCAAUUCUCCCCGACCUGGAAGCGGCACACAGAAAGCCUCUGUUGCUUCUUCGUUCUUCUUCCUCGUCUCCGAUCUGCGAGCUUCGAUCCGGGUAUCAGCCUCUGCAGAAAAUUGCAUGCAAGGAAGAAAAUGAUAUUCAAACUCCGUCGAAACCGGAAAUGUGUCACGGAGAUCUCGUCGACGAGGUGCCUGAGCCGACUCCGCCAGACAGCAGCGGAGACAGCUCAGGGGAAUCGCUUAUGACGGUUUUGGAAACAGCGAGUCUUGAGGAGUCUUCGGAUGCAUGCAACGCGGGGGCGAGAGAAUGGGGGCGAGAAGGGACUCGAGGGGACAGAGAGAACACAGGAAGAGCAGGGGAGCAGGACUCGCAAUCGCAGGCAGUCAGAGAGGAGGCAGAAGACCUGGAACUUGUCGAUCAGACGGGAGGGCAAAUUGCCGGCCUUGAAGACCGAGAAACCUUCCUGACUGCGGCCGAACAGGCGUCUUUGACUUCAUCGUUUCCAGGCACUCAGCCACCAGGAGAUGCAGAGAGGGGGAGCGUUGACGAAAAAGACGAGGAGAGAUGUGCGGCAGGCGGCGACAGAAGAAGAGAAGAGAAGGGAGAAGAGAGAAACUCUUGUGCGCCUCAGUCUGUAGAGUUUCGUCCUGCGGCAGUUGCGUCUCUGGAUUGGCCUGGGCAGAAACGAGGCGACGCUCUCGAUAUGGGAGGGAUCAGUCAUACGUCUUCUCCCUCUUCUUCUUCGCAUGUCUGGCUUCGGUCCCCCGGCCUCUUUGGACAGCUCGCCAAAUCCUCGCGGAAAUACACACUGUCUCGGAGAAGCAAUACUUCGCCCCUCCGAAGACAUACGGCAUUGGCUCUGCAAGGACGUACCGAGCCUCCCGAGUCAGGUGUAUGUACAGCCGACCCUGCAGGUUCGUGUAAACGCGAUUCCUCAAGUGUAUGUACAGCUCGCCGGUGGGGGAAGAGGGGACACAAGUCCUUCUCGAGUCUCCGCAGUCUGUUUCCAGGUUUUCGCCGGGUGCAAGCCAGCGGGACGACAGAGCAGUUCCCUUCGCUUAGACAAGAAGGAGAGAAGAACGCAGAGGGGGUUAACGCGAACGGUUUGGCACCACUGGCGCCGGACGCGGGGACCUCGAGAGACGCUGACAGUGGAAUGGAAUGUCGCGUAGAGACGCAGUCGCUUGCGGCAAAGCGCGGUCUCUCUCGAGACUUUCUGCCUCUCUUCCCAACGCAGGAUGACGACACACUUCAAGAGUCUCUACUCACGGAGGGCGCAUGCGACAGUCCAGAGUCGGCGAACUCCUCUCUUUUCUCGACUGCCCCUCACCGCUCGGACAGUCCCCGCAUGCAGUUCGCAGACAGCGAAAAAGCGAUGCAGCGAGGAGACGAGGGCUCCCGCCUCUCGCUCUUGGCGAGUCCGUCUGCAAACAAAGGCCGCAAUCGGGUGUCGCGGCUGCAGAGCCUCGAACACCAACGCUCACGCAUGCAUGCAAGUUGGAUUCAACAAAAACAAGUCCUUGCCUACGUUCCGCUCUUCCGCCUGCGGCGACGCCUCGACGUGCUUCGGCGCCUGGCGACCCGCCAGCGACCCACGCUGCACCGAGCGGCCCUGCCGAUUGCUCCGGCGUCUCCGCAAAAUGCGAAAACCCCGAAUAUAGGCCGACGAAGAGGUCGAAGAAGUCAGACGCCCGGACGUCAGCCGCCAGCAGGAGACGUCGACUCGGCCGUCGCCGGCCUCAAGCUCUGCAGACCCUGCGCCGCCUUCUAUUCGAUUGUCUGA